GGCGGGACGGAGAGAAGCCGAACGGACGCGGUGUUCGUGCCGGACGUACAAGCCGCUUGGGUCGUGAGGGUUUUGUUUGUCUCGGAAGAUUCUUCAAGCAAUUACUAUGUCAACCGACACAGAUGUUUCCCUUUCUUCAUAUGAUGAAGAUCAGGGAUCCAAAUUUAUCCGAAAAGCUAAAGAAACACCAUUUGUCCCCAUUGGAAUGGCAGGCUUUGCAGCAAUUGUUGCAUAUGGAUUAUAUAAAUUGAAGAAAAGGGGAGAUACUAAAAUGUCCAUUCAUCUGAUCCACAUGCGUCUGGCAGCCCAAGGCUUUGUUGUGGGAGCAAUGACUGUUGGUAUGGGUUAUUCCAUGUAUCGGGAAUUCUGGGCAAAACCUAAACCUUAGAAGAGGAGAUGCAGUCUUGGUCUUGUUGGAGGAGCUUGCUUUAGUUAGACAUCUCAUUAUUUAGGUUACACAUUUAUGUUGGAAAUAAAUUAUUUGAUUGGGCUCAGACAAUAACAUGGUAUUUUGAAUAUUGGCUUUCUUUCUUGCAGGCUUGAUUUGCCUAAUGACCAAAUUAUUAGUGACUAAUAAUAAUAAUUAACUUAAUAACAAUAGUAACUAACUUGGGCCGGCCCAUGGCUCACUUGGGAGAGUGUGGUGCUGAUAACACCAAGGUCACGGGUUCGGAUCCCUAUCUAGGGAUGGCCAGUUCACUCACUUGGGAGAGUGUGGUGCUGACAACACCAAGCCAAGGGCUUACCAGUCAUCUUUAAAAAAAAAAGUAACUCACUUGGUCAUUAAGGAAAGUCAAGUUAACACAAAAGAAACAGAUCACUUAAAUGUACUUGAUAGUAUUAAAAUAUCUACUUUCUUAAACCUUUUACAAUGAAAUUAUAGUAGUUAUAAAGAUGACAGCAGGCCAACCCCGAAUUACUCCCUGUUUGCUACAGAAUAUCACAUGCUUUGGAUGUUAUGUAUGAGCCCUGUUUACCCCAAUUAAUUUAACUUUUUUCUGCUUGUCUUGGGGACUGGUUGAGUACUUCAGUUUUUAGGACUGGUUCGCUCAAGCAACUCUUUGAAAAAAGUACGUGGAAUGUGACUUGUAAAGCCUCUCACAACUGAAAGUGUGUGUGUAUGAAUGUUUAAACUAAAUCUAGAAAGCUUACAACAGAGCUGCAGAGAAGUAGUAUUUAUUUCAGAAUCACACUUGUAAACAUGAGAAUAACAUAAUUAUGGUUCCAGUUUAACUCUUGUAAUUGCAGAAUUAUAUUUUUGCUGUUAAUGUUAUAUUACAAUAAUUUUUAAAUGUUAUCUUGUAAUAGAAGUAUGUAUUUUAAGUGCCAAUGCAAAGGUAAAUGAACACUUUUUAAAUGUGUGUAGUAUGUUUAUUUUCUCUAUAAGAAUCAUAAAUGUUAAGCUAAACAAAUUACCUAUAAUGGAAGUGAUUAAUGAUUUAUGAGCAAGCUGGUUGGUGAGACAUUAUACACAAACUUUGAUAUACUACAGAGUGCUUUAAUACACUUGUGAAAUUCUCUUGUCUAACCUAAACUUACGUUCCAUGGUCAUGUAUAUUGACCAUGGAACAUGGUAUAUGUAUUGUUAUUAAAAGAAAGUGAAUACAUCAAA